AUGUCUCCGAAAUGGGAGCGGUUUGACCUGUCUGGUGAAAGCGUGCCUCCCUUACUCUUCCAGUAUACAUGGACAAAGCAAGGCUACGAGAUCUACAUUACAGACCUCAUCAACAUCUGGUCAGAACAGCUGUCUCAGAAGCAGAUCAUCAAGCGAGCAGAGGAAGAUGCUACCACUAUUGACCCCGGAGAGGAUCCAGCACAGCUCACCGUGCUCUUGGAAAAGAUCGAGGAGGCUCUUCAAAAAGGAAAGGACAGCGCGAUCUUGAGCAGUGGAGCGCAGACGAACUCAUUAGAAGUCAAAACCACGACCAUUCUGCCCGCUCCCCUCGAACCUUUGAUAUGGAGUUUGAAGUUGACCAAAAAGCCACCGUCAUAUAUGACAAGCAAAGUGCUACUCCCGCUACUCAAGGAGGAGACUGCUUGGGAGCUUCGCCAGCGCUCUCUUUUGCAGCAGCUCAAACAGAAAGAUUUGGUGCUCAACAAAUUGCUGGACAAGAUGCAAACAAUGAGCGUUGAUCUAGGAACUGUAUUUCCUAGCGCUGCAGGAUCUCGUACCUCUCGCAAGGGCACCACGCGAUCCGAGGCUGCGAGGUUCGUCAAAGGCCUUGAGCCUUUUGACGAACAAACUUGGCUUGCCAAGACAGAAUCUUCCGACGGGGGGCUAGCCAGCAACUUACUCCAGAAGAUUACAGGAUCCGGGGGGCCCCAUGAUCUCCCUACGUUCAGCCAACCGCAGGAGGAAUGGUGGCAUAACCUUACGGGGUUAUCUGGGACCACCGCCAGCAAGGUGUCCCAAGAAAGCGAAAAAUCGCCGCAUAUUGACAGGGAUCACGAAGAACCGGACCAAACGAGUCAUGUCGACAUCGAAGGGGAGACAACGGCAAGUAGUGAUGAUGAUGAUGAUAAUGACGAGUUUCAGCGACAAAAAACACCUCCCAAACUGAAGCCGGAUUCUGUCAGAAUAAGUCGCUCGCCAUCUGGACAAAAGCCCAGGACAAAAAGUCCAUCCCCAGUGCCGUUACCUGAACCCGAUGAUGAAUCUACAGCAUCAGACUCGGACCCAGAACCAGAACCAGAACCGCGCCGAAACCGCAUCCCUACUGUAUCGAAAUCUCCAAAAUCCCCGUCUUCAGAGCCACAGGAGAAACCCAAUCGCAAAAAGGGCGGAUUGGGUGUUAUUGGGGGCAAAAAACCCAAGGCAGAGUCUUCUGCUACUCCAACGCAGCCCUGCAGUUAUCCAGAGCCUCAAGGUCCCCAGAAAUCACCACAGGAAGACAAAAUCGACGACAACCCUCUGCCGGUAACCUCAACUCUACCACUUGGAGAAAACAAGGUCAAACGGCCCGGCAAACUGGGAAUGAUAGGCGGCAAGGCCAAAACUAAAGUCCAAGCUCCUGUACCGAAUGAUCCAUCACCGAUCGUUGAGACAAGGGCUCUAUCUCCCGACCAAAGCCUUGCAACCAAGUUGAAAGAUACAAAGGAAGCUACCACGAACCCCGUCUAUAAGGAGGAUUCCACAUUGCCUGCAUCACGGGCCACCGAGAAACCUAUUUCUGCUCCACCCACAGAGCUGGAAACUGACAAACAGCGCGCCGACCGGAGGCGUGAGGAGCUGAAACGGUCACUCGAGGCUAAGAGCAAAGUACCCGCGAAGAAGAAGCGGAAAUUUUGA